ACAUAAACACGGUAGAGAACACAGGGUAUAGGAUCUAUAACACAUAGUGUGUAUGUAAUAUGAGCAUUUUGGAUUGUAUUUGUGAUUUUUGUAUGGAUUUAACGAAGUGACAACUGUUGGAUUUAAUAAAUUUUCAUUCAUAAGGAUAUAACACAAUAUUACAACUUUCACGACUUUGAAAGAAACAAGAUCAGUAGAAAAUUGGAUUUUUAAAAUUUUAAUUCGAGAAUUCUGAAGUGGAUGAAAAGAAGCAAAACUUAUGUGUUCAGUUCUUACAUUUUGAACAAAGUUUACUGAUACAUGUACAAAGUUAAAAAUUUUAAAAUUCAUGUGUCAGAACUAGGAAAACAGUGAUUGGGCAAAUUCAUUUAUUGCAUUAGGAGAUUUUACCAAGUUCAAGAGGGAUGAGUCAAGUUAACAACAGUUGAUAGUUUAUUUCAAAAGAUUUGUCUUGGGAUUAUAAAGAUGAUGGAAGCAGACACCAGGCUAUGUUUAGUGCUGAUCAUUACGGUCUUGGCUACCAUCAUAGUUGCUCAAGAUGGAUCGGCACCAAAGUUUAAACAGACACCGGUUCACGAUGUUGUAGCACUGGUAAACGGAUCGCAUAAAUUCCUGUGUAGAGUUAAGGGCACCCCGAAACCUUUCCUUGUCUGGUACCAUGGAAAUGAAAUGCUAUCACAAAAUGACAAAAUAAAGAUGGGGAAGUAUUCCAUGCAAAUUAGCAACUUGAAGAAAUCUGACAGUGGAGAAUAUUCGUGUAAGGCUUCAAACACUCACGGUGUAAUCUGGGGAAACUUCACCCUGCAGGUUGUCCAAAGUGAAGAGGAUGUGAAGGUCCCAGACCAAUAUGAUUAUUCUCAGGAGGAUAAAGAUGAAUUUGCUGAUCUAACAGGGCCUCCAGAGUUUAAGAAAAGGUUGAACCAAGUAAGAUUCCUGGCUAGAGCAGCAACAGGUUCAGUAGACUUUGACUGUGAUGUUCUUGCAUACCCAACAGCCAGGAUAUCGUGGUGGAGGAACGGAAAGCAAGUUAAAGCAAAACCUGGAAAGUAUAUUUUUGAUGGUUACAAACUGAAAGUAAAGUCGCUAGCAUUGGAAGACCAGGGCAAUUAUACAUGUGUGGUGCGCAAUGAGUAUGGCUCUGUGAACUGGACAACCAGAUUGGAAGUUCAGCAGAGAAUUGCUAUUGCACCAAUAAUGGAAGAUGUCAAAAACCAGACAGCAUUGAUCGGCACCAAUGUCACUUUUACUUGUCAAAUAGUGAUGAGUGAUUCCCAGCCACUCCUACAAUGGCUUCGGCACUUCAAGAAAAAUGAUUCAUUCGUAAACGAAAAAGGAGAGCCUUAUGUACAGAUACUUCAGGGAGAACCACAGAAGUCGUCUGGAUUUACGAGUACUAUUGACGACCCGCAGCACCUCGUUCUACGCAAUGUAACAAAAGAAGAUCAAGGCUGGUACACUUGUUUGGUUGCUAACACUGUUGGUAUGAACUAUAGGAGUGCAUGGCUCACUGUACUCAAUGAAACAGAAUUCGAAGUGUUAAAGGAGGAGAAUGGUACACUUACCUCAGCAUCAAAAAUGAAUCAUAACCAGAAUGACAAGGUUCCCCGGCAGACAGUCAUUUUCAUCGGAGCGAGCUGUGCGGCAGUCGUUAUCCUCUUUAUUGUUAUUGUUGCUGUCGUCUGCAAGUUCAGGAGGAAACCAAAAUACAAAUAUGCUGAUGUGAAGAGAGUCAUUGUCAUGCGAUCUAAUGAUUUAUACUACCCUGACCAUCCAACUGCGGAACCCAUUGGCUUUCCUGAAGUAAGAAUUGAAGGUACUGGUCGACGCCGUAGGUUCUCCUCAGAUCUUACAACUGCGUCGGAAUACGAAUUGCCCCUGGACAGUAAAUGGGAGUUUCCAAGGGAUCGUCUUACACUUGGCAAGGAGCUUGGAUCCGGAGCAUUUGGUGUGGUGCGAUCCGGAGAGGCUGUCGGCAUCAAUAACAGACAAGGUUCAACUACUGUUGCCGUAAAAAUGCUGAAACAAGAUGCAACCGACCGAGAGAUGACCGAUUUGAUGGUUGAAAUGGAGAUGAUGAAAAUUGUACGAGGGCAUAAAAACAUUAUCAAUCUACUAGGAUGCUGUACACAAUCGGGUCCGCUGUAUGUGAUAACAGAGUUUGCACCAAAUGGUAAUCUGAGGGAUUUCCUUCGCAGCCGACGGCCGUGUACAGACUACGAAAAACCAUCUAGCUUUAAUAUUACAAUGGACUAUGAAAAACCACUGAUCCAAGAAAAACCGUUAACGGAAAAAGACUUGAUUUCAUUUGCUUAUCAAAUUGCUAGAGGAAUGGAAUAUUUGGCAUCAAGAUUGUGUAUUCAUCGGGAUUUAGCAGCGAGGAAUAUUCUUGUAGCGGAGGAUUAUGUACUCAAGAUUGCCGACUUCGGCCUCACAAGAAACCUCUCCGAGGUUGAUUACUAUAAAAAGAGUGGUGAUGGUCGAUUACCUGUAAAAUGGAUGGCUCCGGAAGCAUUGUUUGAUCGUAGAUACACCACAAAGAGUGAUGUUUGGGCCUAUGGUGUCUUAUUAUGGGAAAUUUUCACUCUCGGAGGUAACCCCUAUCCAUCAGUUCCAGUAGAGGACCUGUUUGAUUUGUUACGGAAUGGUCAUCGGAUGGAAAAACCACCAUACGCAUCAACGGAGAUGUAUCAGAUCAUGUUGAAUUGUUGGAAUCAGUCACCAGGCUUACGACCGAUGUUUACGAAUUUGGUGCAAGACAUCGAUAGAAUCCUUACAUCUAAAGCCGGUAAUGGGGAGGAAUACCUUGACCUUGAACAUUUUGAAACUGUGCUAAUGAGCUCGUCAGACAGUCAGUAUUCUUCUAUGUCUCACAGUACAGCGAACAGUGAAAGUGACAUAAGUAGUACGAUAGUCUAGUAUACAGGUUCGCUGUUAUAUAGUUUCUAAAUCCAAAGUGUUGAUGCUGCAUUUUCACAUGUUUUCAAGUGUUUCAAUGUUACAGUCGGUGUGAUGUGUAGAAAUAAACACUGCACUGCAUGUUAGCCUAGAGUUCUGAAGCUUGAAACAGACUAUAUGCCAACAACUUCGGAAAAGGACUAUAACUGUGUAACAGUGGAUGAGCCUUUAAACUAGAUUUAGAGUUGUAUUUCCUUACAUAGGAGUCUCCAGUUGAUACAUGUCUUUUCCAAGUAGUGAAUACUAUGAUGUAUCGCUGUCACAUCUUCUACACAGUUAUCAUUACAGCUGUGUUAUAUGUUAACAUAGUGCUAACACAAAAUAUUGAAUAGAAGGAUGCAGUACACACGGUUGUGAAAGUCUUAAGUGUUGCAGCACUCCCUGUGCUGUGGUUGUGAUAAGCUUAGGAACAAAACUAUAAACAUUCUAUUAUAGUGCUGUAUACAGCAACUGUUAAAGACAGUACUGUUUGUUAUGCUGAAUCCAUGGUACCAGAGACAUAGCUGUAGGUGACAUCAUGCACAGACAGAAGCCAUGAUGAACAAUUAAACUUCUUACCGGAGAUAUA